UGCAGGCAGCCCACCACUGGCAAGCUCCCCUCAUCUUGUGUGUAACGUCUAUACUGCCCAACAGCCGUAUGUACCAGCGUCCGCCGGCACUGCGGGGGAAGAUUCAACCCAUAAUGGAUUGCUAAUGAACGGAGCCUCUUUUUCUUUUCGUCUUGUUUUUCCCCCGACUGUCAUCCUCUUCAAUGUCUCUUAUCAGUUUUUAACCAAAACAAAAUGAGGAUUUCUUGUGACCAGUUUCUAUUGAUAUUGUCUGUCUUUCGGGGACUCACAAUGGGGGCUUUCCCAAGCAGUGUACAGAUCGGUGGCCUGUUCAUCAGAAACACGGAUCAGGAAUACACAGCAUUUCGCCUGGCCAUCUUUCUGCACAAUACCAGUCCCAACGCGUCCGAGGCCCCGUUCAACCUGGUGCCUCAUGUGGACAACAUCGAGACGGCCAACAGCUUUGCUGUCACCAAUGCCUUCUGCUCGCAGUACUCGCGGGGCGUCUUCGCCAUCUUCGGCCUGUAUGACAAGCGUUCUGUGCACACACUGACGUCGUUCUGCGGGGCGCUGCACAUCUCCCUCAUCACGCCCAGCUUCCCCACCGAGGGAGAGAGCCAGUUCACGCUGCAGCUCCGGCCCUCCAUCCGUGGGGCGCUGCUCUCGCUGCUCGACCACUACGACUGGAACAAGUUUGCCUUCCUCUAUGACACCGACCGGGGGUACGCCAUACUGCAGGCCAUCAUGGAGAAGGCGGGCCAGAACAGCUGGCAGGUGAGCGCCAUCUGUGUGGAGAGCUUCGACGACGCUGCCUACCGGCGCCUCCUGGAGGACCUGGACCGACGGCAGGAGAAGAAGUUUGUCAUCGACCUGGAGGCCGAGAGGCUCACCAACAUGCUGGAGCAGAUUGUCAGUGUUGGAAAACAUGUCAAAGGCUACCAUUACAUCAUGGCUAACUUGGGUUUUAAGGACAUCAACCUCGAGCGCUUCAUGCAUGGCGGGGCCAACGUGUCAGGCUUCCAGCUAGUGGACUUCAGCAACCCCAUGGUCAUCAAGCUGAUGCAGCGCUGGAACAAGCUGGACCAGAGGGAGUACCCAGGCUCCGACAGCCCCCCGAAGUACACUUCGGCUUUGACCUACGACGGCGUGAUGGUGAUGGCGGAGGCCUUCAGGAACCUGCGGAGGCAGAAAGUGGACAUCUCUCGCAGGGGGAACGCUGGGGACUGUCUGGCCAACCCCGCCGCCCCAUGGAACCAGGGCAUCGACAUGGAGCGCACCCUCAAACAAGUCCGGUUGCAGGGAUUAACAGGUAAUGUCCAGUUUGACCACUAUGGACGCAGGGUCAACUACACCAUGGACGUGUUUGAGCUGAAGAACAACGGACCCAGACGGAUGGGUUACUGGACGGAUUCAGACAAGCUGGUUCUGAUCCAGAAUGAAGCCCUCCUUCCCAAUGAAAUCCUGGAGAACAGAACUGUUGUAGUCACCACUAUCAUGGAGGGUCCAUAUGUCAUGUUGAAGAAGAACUGGGAGUUGUACGAGGGCAAUGACCAGUAUGAAGGCUACUGCGUGGACCUGGCCUCGGAGAUUGCCAAACACAUUGGCAUCAAGUACAAGAUCGCUAUCGUACCCGACGGAAAGUACGGCGCCCGGGACCCAGAGACCAAGAUUUGGAAUGGCAUGGUUGGGGAGCUGGUGUACGGGAAAGCGGAAAUCGCUGUGGCCCCAUUGACAAUCACGCUGGUCCGGGAGGAGGUGAUCGACUUCUCUAAGCCCUUCAUGUCGCUGGGCAUCUCCAUCAUGAUCAAGAAGCCCCAGAAGUCCAAACCUGGGGUGUUCUCCUUCCUGGACCCGCUGGCCUACGAGAUCUGGAUGUGCAUUGUGUUCGCCUAUAUCGGCGUAAGCGUGGUGCUCUUCCUGGUCAGCCGUUUCAGCCCGUACGAGUGGCACACCGAGGAGCCCGAAGAGGGUACCGACGGUCCGCCCAGCGACCAGCCCCCCAACGAGUUUGGCAUCUUCAACUCCCUCUGGUUCUCCCUGGGUGCCUUCAUGCAGCAGGGAUGUGACAUCUCCCCGAGGUCUCUGUCGGGGCGUAUUGUGGGUGGUGUGUGGUGGUUCUUCACACUCAUCAUCAUCUCCUCCUACACGGCCAACCUGGCUGCCUUCCUCACAGUAGAGAGGAUGGUGUCGCCUAUAGAGAGUGCUGAGGACCUGGCUAAACAGACAGACAUCGCCUACGGUACCCUAGACUCCGGCUCCACUAAAGAGUUCUUCAGGAGGUCAAAGAUCGCGGUAUACGAGAAGAUGUGGGGCUACAUGAAGUCAGCCGAACCGACUGUGUUUACCAAGAACACCCAGGAGGGGGUUGUACGUGUGCGGAAGAGCAAAGGGAAGUACGCUUUCCUAUUGGAGUCAACCAUGAACGAGUACACAGAACAGCGGAAACCCUGCGACACCAUGAAGGUCGGCGGCAACCUGGACUCCAAAGGAUACGGAGUGGCCACCCCCAAGGGUUCACUGUUAAGAACGCCGGUAAACCUAGCCGUGUUGAAACUGAGUGAAUCAGGCGUCUUAGACAAGCUGAAAAACAAAUGGUGGUACGAUAAGGGCGAGUGUGGACCCACGGCCUCAGGAAGUAAGGACAAGUCGUCCCAGGCCCUGUCGUUGAGCAACGUGGCGGGGGUCUUCUAUAUCCUUGUGGGGGGCCUGGGUCUGGCCAUGCUGGUGGCCCUCAUCGAAUUCUGCUACAAGUCCCGGAACGAGGCCAAGCGAAUGAAGCUGACCUUCACGGAGGCCAUGAGGAACAAGGCACGCCUGUCGAUCACAGGCAGUGUGGGGGAGAAUGGGCGCGUCCUGACACCCGACUGUCCCAAAGCGGUCCACUCGGGCCCCUCACUCCGCCAGAGCUCCGGCCUGGCCUUGGUCUCCUCUGAGCUCCCGUGAAAACCAAAAACCUUCCAAGUGCCUUAAAAAUGACCAACCCACAACCACCAUAUACCACAAAGACACAGGACAAACACCACCCAAACCGGACACCACCACCAGUGUGUGGGCAGACAGGGACUAACUAACAUUGUGUAAGUUUUUUUAAUACAGCAGAAAUUGGGACUUUGCCAUUUGAGUAUGUAGUGAAUCUGUGGCCAUUUUGGAUGGAGUUCUGUGGAAAAGUACAAUCUGUAUUUUUACUGUGUGGCCAAGUGAGGGCUAUUUGUAAUCAAGCUGCCAUUUUUGGGUGCAGAGGUGGAGAUUGCAUCUGAGAUGUUCCACUGAAGACCCUGUGCCAACUUAUCAUUGCGAUCACUGGCGAAGAGCAGGAGGAAUUGAAACGUGUAACUGUGGAUCAUUGGGUUGCUGACUGAAUUGGCAAACUGAAUUACAAUCAAGAUUGUUUUCCAAAUGUGGACAAUUGUUACCAGACGAGAGCAGUGUUGAAAACACAACUGUCAGACAACAAUCUCACUGAAUAUCAAUAUCUGACAUCAUGUGGAGGAGUGUCUCCCGUUGUCAUCAUGGAGAUAAAAACUAUCAUUAUUAAUAAACUACAAUAACUAUAUUGAUAAUACAUAUAAGAUAAAUAAACUGUGAAGAUUUAGUAAAUAUGUAUAUUCUGUGAAGACGAAGCUAAAGAAAAAAAAUGUUCUGUACAUAGAAGAGACUGUAUAACAUUGCUUGCUUUUUAAACAGAUGUAAAUAGCUGAUUCAGUAGUGGACAGAGGGCAGUUCUCUUUUUGUAACCAUCUUUAAAUAAAUAAUUCAUCGCAAUAAUGGAUAAGACGACUAAGACGACGUUGUUGAAAAAGGAGAGACAUUGAGACAGCGUUUUAUUCCUUCAACGUUCAGUUCAGAGCGUCAUGUUCCAUGGGCAUAGUAUCAACUCUGCCCAUCUAGAUACCUGUUCUCUACAUAUUAAUAUAUUCAGCGAUGAAUGUUAAUUAGUCCCAUCCUCAUCCUCUAGCCACACCCCACACUGUGCAGUCAUAGACCAGAAGUGGCUGAUAGACUGAAUUUUAUGUUUAAAUGCUUUACUUGCGUUUCCACUAGAAAACAAACAAUAUUUUUUGUGUCGUUUGUUCUAUUUUUUGUAACGAUCAAUUACAUUUAAAAUGACUCUCCGUCUCCUGAUUUUUCAAUGUUCGCGGCUGUUGAACGUCUUAUCUGGAUAGAUAUUUUAGAUAAUUGUGUAAGGAGAGAAUAAUGCAUUUUUUUUAUGUGAAAUGAGAAAUGCAAUUGUUUUCCUCAUUGCUGUAUUAUUUCACUAGUCAAAGCUUAUAUAAACAGUAUUUAUUGAGUAAAAAAGAAGACGAAGAAGAAUAUUUGUAUUAUUAAGCCAUGGUCAAAGCUUUGGCCCUCUUGGUCCCUAACACUGUGGAUCCUCAGUAGAAAAAUCUAUGGUCUACUUCCUGUCAUUGAAGUUAUUAGUGUGCAGUGGAGGUUUCAACACAUGGCCAAUGGAAGGACAACCUCUAGGCCCGUGGGCAGCAAUAGGACUCUGACUUUUACUGUGUCAUCCUUUUGUCUCUUUCAUUUUCAACUUUUCUGCCCCAAAACCUGUUUCUGCUAUUGUUGUUGUCGGACAAAUAUGUGCAAUGUUAUCAAUGUUUUCAAUUGCUGCCUCUGUCUUUUGCCCUUACACACAUUCACAUACACGUCCACAUACAUGCACACAUAGUAGUGGUUGUAGCUUGUAUGGCUGCCUGGGCGAACCUCCACUGCAGCCCCCCUCUGUCAUUUUUAUUCAGACAUUUGUAACACAAAUAAAUAAUCAAAACAUUUAAAAAAUAUAUACAAAACAAGACUCAUAAAUAUCAAAAAGAAGUAACAAAGACAAAUAGAAACAAAUGGCAAGAUGCCACCAUGGGCACCUACCCUAUACCUAAAUCCGCCACUGUGUACACGACACGUACAGAGGAGGCUGGUGAGAGGAGGUAUAGGAGGACGGGCUCAUUGUAAUGGCUGAAUGGAAUCAAUUAAACAGUAUCAAACACAUUAAACACAUGGAAACCACAUGAUUGACUCUGUUCCAUUGAUUCCAUUACAGCCCGUCCUCCUAUAGCUUCUCUCACCAGCCUCUUCUGGUACACGCGCACACACACACACACACACACACACCGGAUGGACCUUGUUGCUUUGAUAGAAUAAACCAGCUAAAAUAUUUUAGGCCAUGCUUUUUGGUUCUGCCAUAUGUCUGUAAAAUUCAAAUGGUAUCCUAUUUUGGUUUCAAUUGUACAUCUUUAUUUUGAUCAUUUUUUUAGUAAAAAGUUAA